AUGUCUUGCAGCUUAUCUAGUGUAGGGAAUAAGGAGAACUUGAGCGAUAGGCUCCAGGCAUAUUUUGGGAAGAAUAAAGGAAAGGCUACAGACAGGAGUGGAGUAGGGGAUGAAGAAGAUUUGGAUGACAUUAUUGAAGUACUCAGAUUUGAUGCUGAUGAAAGAGAUUGGAAUGAUGAAAGGGAUGCUGACCUUGAGGUGGAUGACGUGCAUGCAUAUUCGCAGGAAGCAGACAAUAGUAUUAAAGAUGAGUUAGUAGGUCAUUCCCAAGAAAGAGAGAAGGCUGAACAAAUAACAGUUGAUAUGUUUCUGUCAGCGAUGGGUAAAAUUGAAAUGAAGAUGGAAAGAAAUUUUUCUGCUCUACAUAGAGAAAUAGAGGAGUGUGAUUUAUUAGAUGAAACGUGGCCUAAGGUUAGUUUGUCGAAGCCACGUGAUCAGUAUGAGUAUGAUUUCUUGGUGAAAAUCGGCAAACGUUUGGACAAAGCAAUAAAGGUAGUACCAACGGCUAUUAAAAAGGAUUUUAAUGGUAUUAGAGAUGAAAUUGAAGCCCGAGCAGCUACACUAAGAUUAGCUGAUAACAGAGGUUGGGGUACAGCAUUACAGAUAGUUGGGAGUAAUAACAAAAUGAUGGAAAAAUACAAGGAUCGUAUUCCAUUAUUUAGCCAAUCAGGUGCGGCCUCAUGCUAUUAUAGUCGGAAUAAGUCUGAUAAGUCAUAUAGGCAUAAGAAAAAAAGAUAUUCCUCACCUUCGUCUGAUUCAGAAAGAGAUGAAAGUCAUAAGGGUAAAAGGAGGUAUGAUAGAAGUUUCAAUCCUUUCGUGACAGAGGAGCCUUCAGGUUCUCAGAACAUAAAGGAGUUUUUAACUGCUUUAACUGUGGAGGCAUUGGACACAUCGCCUCCAGCUGCCCCUCCGCAGGUUCUAGAGCCCUACCAAGCCAAAGAAUGGAGACUGACUACACUCGGACCCCAUUUUCAGAAGAAUGUCUAG